UAUAUAUAUAUAUAUAUAUAUAUAUAUCUGUUUCCUAUAUUACUGCAGUGAUCAGUGUUUCGUGUUUACUCUUUUUACUACAAGUGAAUCUUCAAAUACUACUUUAGCUAUUUGCAAGGCUAAACAGCUAUUGCUUUCAUUUCGCCUGUCAUGUUUGACUUCUAUCUAAAUAUCACGAGCUUGGGGGAGUGGUUGCUGGUAUUCUUUUCGUUGGGGUCCCUCUUGUUCCUCAUAAAAGCCUUCUACAACCUGUUCUUCCACCCUCUAGCUCACAUCCCCGGUCCAUUCUGGAGUCGAAUAAGCAGCUUUCCCUCGUGGUACCAUGCCUGCCGCGGCGACCGCCAUGUUUGGCUGUGGCAGUUGUUCCAAAUAUACGGCGAUAGGGUUCGCUCCGGGCCUGAUGUCGUAUUGUUUUGCGAUCCUCAGUCAUACGUCGACAUCUAUAGUAUGAAGUCAAAUGUGCGACGAGCCCCUUUCUAUGGGGCGCUCCAAAAGAGUAGGCACGAGACCAUGACUGUGGCUACAUUUGACAUCGCUGAGCAUGCGCGGAGGCGCAAAAGCCUUAACCCCGUUCUUCUUAAUGAGAAGUCCAUACGCGCGGCUUCGAAGUUCAUCAUUAAGCAUGUUGAACGCUGGGUCCAACUCAUGAUAGAAGACGAUGAGAUAGCUACCGAGUGGUCUUCUCCCGUGAACUUUUCGAAGAGAAUUGAAUCCCUUACUUUCGACAUCAUAGGUGAUCUUAAUUUCGGGGUGUCUUUUGACAUUAAAGAGAAGGAGGAAAAUCCUCUAAAACUGGCACCAUUUUAUAUGACUCAAUCUUUACGGUUUAAUUAUAUGAUGGGCCGCGCCCCCUUUUUUAGAUUCCUCCAUUGGAUGAGGCCUUACGGAUUUGAUUAUCUCCUCGAAUUAAUUACCCCGUCAGCUGUUCAGAAGCUUAACCAGUUCGUCUACAAUAGCGUCUCCGAUCGUAUUGCUCUACAAAAGGAGCAAGCGGAAAAGCCUGAAACUCAGCGGCGUCAAGAUAUCUUCUACUUCUUAUAUGAAGCGCAAAAUCCCGAUACGGGCCGUCCCACUUACGACGAGGCCGCUCUCCGGGGAGAAUCUACCCAGCUUUUGGUCGCGGGAUAUGAUACGACCGCUACUGCUAUUUGUAGCAUAAUUUUCUACCUCACCGGCGAUCCCAGACGACACCAGAAACUCGUGGACGAGAUUCUAUCAACAUUUGAAUCAGCAGAAGAUAUCGUCUACGGACCGAAGCUUCUAGAAUGCACUUACCUAAGAGCGUGUAUCGACGAGGGAAUGCGCCUUAGCCCCUCACUACCAAGUGAUCUUCCCCGGGAGGUACUGCCUGGUGGCCUAACGAUUAAAGGAGAGUACUAUCCCGAAGGCACUAUCGUAGGAAAUGUUCCUUGGGCCCUCACGCGCAACCAGGAAGUUUAUGGAGAUCCUGAGGUAUUCCGACCCGAGCGUUGGAUCUUAGACGAAUCGACCGGUGUGACUCAAGAGGCCAUCGCUCAGGCAAAAUCCUGUUUCCACCCCUUCCUCUCCGGUCCGGGCAAUUGUGUCGGGAAGAAUCUUGCCAUGGCGAGUAUCUUAAUUACGGUGGCUCGACUUCUAUACCAUCUAGAUGUAAGAAGAGUUCCCGGAUCUACCUUUGGAGGUGGUAGUCCUACUAUGGGGUGGGGAGCAAGGAACGAAAACCAGCUACAGCUAAACGAUAUGUUUGGUUCGGGCAGGGAAGGCCCAGAGGUACAGGUCAGGAAGAGGGCAUUUAUUUCCUAGAAGGUCGUCACCUGAAGUAAAGGUAGAAAUACGAUAUCAGGUAGAAUAGAAGGAAAAGAAGAUGGGAAUCAAAGUGGCUGACGCCAAGUCAUUCCUUUCAUGAGUACAAAAGCCGGCACACCUUGUCACAGUUUACCUUCUGGCGGUUUCAAGUGUAGGGGAUAUCGAAGAAUGAAUCGGGUUCGCUCUUUUACCUAUGGGUCGGCAAUUAGAUGCGGUAAAUGUACAUGCUCAACAAGACUUUCAACGUGAUAUAUUGGUUAGCUUUCACAGAGUAUUAAAUUAACGACGCUCUCUAUUACUCCCUCAACCCCCUCACUUAUCCCUGACCUUUAAAAUGCAGCCACCAUGCCUACUUGCAGUGAUCUAUAAUUAGAUCCCGCUUUAGAUUAAUAAACACGGCUCACUCCUUCAGCCCCAUAAGAACGCCCCAUGAAUUAUAUACCUCUUAUAUAGAUCGUGGCGGAUACUGUUGUUAAGCGAGCUUUGAGUAGUGUCUCAUGGGAUAGGAGGCCAGUAAAACGGCGGCCAAUUUGACAUCCCGAGUGGGCUGCGGCGUUUUAAACGGCGCCCCUGCUCCAGUGACAGCUCUCUAGCUUGUUUAAAGGAAAGUCUCUUUAAAUUCAUACGUAUACAUGCCAGUGAGCUCAUGCGAUAGACGUAAUACCAUUCCUCAUUAAAAA